UCGGCUGAGUGAGUGAUGCCAUUGUGGAGCACCUGGAAAUCAGUCAUCGACGGGGCUCCAGCCUACUGUACAGCGCUAACCAAAUGUUAGCAAUGCGGACGGCGAAACGGGAAAUAAUACGCCUUUAUUUAUUUAUUUUGUAUAACCCGAUGUGUUGGGGCUUCAGUAGGGCUUUAAGACCGCGCGCCUUCAUCUUAUGACCAUUUUUUUUUUUUGGGGGGGGGUCUGUAAUCAGGAGAGAAACGGGAUAUAUCCUGAGCUGGGGCCCAUAGUGUCUGGAUAUUUCCCGAGAAAACGAUUACACACAUCCGUGUUCCUCAGCCACAGUGUUAUGGAAUAGGAAAAAUAAAAGAAUGAAUGCUUGAUUUGAAGCUUUUUCUUUCGCCACCAACUAUUUUAUAGGUCUAUAUCUCCCUCCGGUUACCACGGCCCGUCUGCGGACUUGCUAUGGUGGACUCCAACGCGAUGAGGAAGACUUUUGUAGUCCCGGACAUAAAACCUUUGGAUCUGUAUGAUUGUACCAGGGCAAAAAUAUGCGCAAGUGUGGGAUGGGUCUUGGCCAAAUCUUACGCCAAUGCAGAGCAUGUUCCAGUGGAGUUGCGGGAGCCCUUCUACUGUGACCAGUAUGAGCAGGAGCACCUGAAGCCCCCCGUCACACGCCUCCUGCUCUCCUCUGAACUCUACUGCCGCACCUAUGGUCUGCUGCAGGCGGACCAGGUGGGGUCAGGGGCCCCAAAAGACAACGCCACCCUGCUGCAGCUCCUCGCCAACAGGGGCGUGACCCCCAAAGAUCAAGACGUCCCCGUGACUGACGCGGACCUCCGGCAUAAACCAAUCAAAAUGAGUGCCCACCUGGCGGUGAUGGAUGCCCUGAUGUCGGUGGGCGCCAUGGAGACGGUGAGCGCAGUGAGGAUGUCCGGUGCGGCGACAGGGGAAGAGCUUCUGGGUGGAGUGGGAGGAGCCAGCUGGGAGAACACCCUGCUCCACUGGGUGAAUGGGUUGAAUCAGAGGCUGAGAGAGCAAACAGAGGGUGCACAGGGUGACCCGUCUCAGGACAGCACAGAGCCACAGCCUGUCCAGCCUUCUUGUCCCACUCGCUGGUACUGGAAAUUUGUCCCUAUCCGCUACAGAAAGGACAAGAUGCUGUCUAAGCAGAAGCCUACAUUUCCGGUGGUGACUGAAGUCAAAGACCUCUCCAACGGUUGUGCCAUCGCUGCUGUAGUACACUACUACUGCCCCGGCCUGUUGCAGCUAGAGGAUGUGUGUAUGAAGGAGUCCAUGGCGGUGGAAGACAGCCUGUACAACCUGCAGCUGAUCCGAGAGUUCUGUGACAGCUGUCUGAAGAGCUGCUGCCCCCUAGUGUUGGAGGACCUGCUCUACUCCCCACAGGAGCUCCAGAUCAACAUGAUGAGUUUCCUAGCGGAGCUGCUGGGUUGGUUCGAGGUACGGAGGCCGGAGUUUGUUCAGCCACUGAACACCACUGAUGCUUCUGCACCGCUCAAGCCAACCAGUUUGAGCAAUAACAGCGGCUCUCCUUCCAUCUUCAAGAAGCCAUUCCUGCCCAUCUCCUCACCAGUGUCGCCAGGGCCUGCGCCAGAGAGAGCUGGGAGAACAUGGACCAAGAAGCCUUUCAGUCGUCCCCUGUCCUCGGCCGUGUCCUUUAGCAUUCCCUUUGGCCUGGACAGCGACGUGGACGUCGUGAUGGGCGGAGCCAUCACCCGCUCGGUCAGCUCUGAUAACGUGGCCCCCGGCCAGACCAUAACCCGCGUGCCCUACACCCCCCCAGAGGACCUUAGUCACCUGCUCAGCAAGCCCCCCGCCCCCCACAGAGGUUCCUGGGCCACCCAGAGCUCCUCCGUGGUGCCCAUGCUGCUGAAGGAGAAUGGCCUGGGAGAAGGAGAGGGAGAGGGGGAUGGGGAUGGGGAGCUGCCCACCAUCGAGGAGGCCCUGCAGAUCAUACACAACGAGGACAAGAUGGAGCCCCGGCUCCACCCUGACGGGGCGGCCGACGGAUUCUUCCUGCACUCUCCCGACGACCCGGCCAGCACCAGACGCAACGGCCGCGCCGCUCACUCCUCCCACCCGCCUAACCCCAUACCCCUCAGCUACUCUGCCCCGUCCCGAUCUGGGAUGAUGUACCACCCCCACCUCCCCAUGGGGGGCAAGACGCAGGCACCCAGGGAGCAGGCCUCCUCCACCCCCUUCUCCCGUACCCGACACACCUCGGAGGGCUCGCGGGACGACGACUCGGUGCUGAGGGACGGGAGCGUGGACUCUGACGCCUCUGAGGACCUCCUGCUCCUCCCCAAUGCCCAGUCCACCCCUGCCACGCCUGCUGUCCACACCAGAAGCUGUGGAGGGGGAACGGACGCGCCGGACAGUGGCGUGAGGAUGACCAGCUUCGCUGAGCGCAAGAAGAAACCGUCGACAGUGGGUGUAUCACCUAAUAGCGGCGGCGCCAGCAGCAGCGAUCCGGUCGCCCCGGCAGCGACAGCUCCGAUGACCAGCUGGGUGGUCCAGCCCCAGAAGUCGACAGAGGAGAGCCCCAGUAAGAGUCCUGGAUUAACCACCGAGAUGUCCGAGCUGGGAGCCCGGCUGGACGAGAAGAGGAAGGCCAUCGAGGCCCAGAAGAAACGGAUUGAGGCCAUCUUCGCCAAGCACCGCCAGAGACUGGGCAAGAGCGCCUUCCUGCAGCUGAAGAAAGAGCAGGGAGUGGGGGAGAGAGAAGAGGAAGAGGAGGGGGGCCAGGUUAGCACCUCCUCCACAGAGGAGGACCUCAGGGGGCUGACGCUAGAGGAAAGGCUGGCUCGCAUGGAGGACGAGGAGCAGCAGGAGGUGCAGCAGCAGGAGAAACGGCGCCUCUCACUGGAGCAGGAGGGGAAUAUAAAACCUUCAUCACACCUGGACAACAAGCAGGCCUCCUUACCCAGAAGGGAGAAGGGUGCAGGGGCGGCAGGGCCAGGAGGAGAGCAGGUCGGAGUGGUAGCGCGUCAGCCAGCGCCCUUGGGGGACUACAACAAUGCUGUCUCAAAGCUGAACGCGGCGCUAAGCUCCCUGCAGAGCGACAUGCAGCGCCUCUCCGAACAACAGAACCAACUCAUCAGGAAGAAGCCUGCCACUCCCGCCGGCAACAAGUCCUGGGUGAUCCCGCCCAGUCUCAAAUCCUCGGCCCCUCCCCCGACUCGCAUGUCCCGCGCGUCCACCCCCCGCGACCUCGCCUCCGCCUCAUCUUCCCCCUCCUCGUCCCGCCGCAACGCAGCCAGUCCCGCCAGAACAUCCAAGUCACCCCAGGUCCAGCGCCGGGCUCAGUCGGUGCCUCCCAAGAGCCCCAAGCACCAGGCCACCCACUACCACCACGCCCGCCCCCAGGACCUCAAAGUGCCGGGCCUGUCGCGCGUCCUCACCCCCCCACAGAAUGUGGACACUAUCCCCCACCUGCGCCGCGCCUCCCCCUGGCAGUGCCGGGACCAGAACUCCUCCACCUUCAACAUCAGCUCUGCCCCCAGCCCUGCCUCAACCCCAAUCCCCUCCCCCGCCCCAACCCCCACCCCCCGGGCCCUGUCGCUGGCCCUGGAUGACAACAUGUCGGACGCCGGCUCCAACGAGGACCAGAGCAUCUUCAGCAUGGACCUGGAUACCGCUACAUCUCAGGCCUCGGGGAGAAAGGAGCAAGGGGUGGUGGGAUCGGGGGCGCCCUCCGAGUGCUCGUUUGAGAGUGACGUUCCCGCUGCGGGGGUGUUUAAUGGCAAGCGCAGCAGCCUGAUCGAGAUUUCUCUAUCGGCCUUGUGCGGGGACGAGGAUGACCUGAGUGUCAUGGACGACUCCAUGAGUGACGUGACCGAACCCGAGAUGAAGGGAGGGGUCGGCUUCUUCUUUAAGGAUGAUAAGGUGCGGCCGGAGGACGAGAUGGCCCAGAGGAAAGCAGCCCUGAUGGAGAAACAGCGGAAGAGGGCGGAGGAGAUGAAGAGACGCAGACUGGAGCAGGAGGAGAAGCGAGAGAAAGAGCAUGCGAUCCGACCUGAGUGGUUUAACAUCGAGGGCUGGGGAGACAAGUGUGGUGGCAGUGGUGAGGACCGGCCCCGGACCCCCGGUACUCCCCCAUCGGAGAGCACGACCCAGCGGAGAGACACCUUCACCAGGCAGGAGUACGAGCGGAGGCAGCAGCUGAAGAUCAUGGAGGAUCUAGACAAGGUGUUGCGGCAGAAGCCCACCACGGUGCGCGGCGUGAAGAAGCAGAGACCCAAGACCAUGUUCCGGGACGACUCGGUGCUUUCCCGCAGCCCCGCCAAGGGGUUCAUGGGCUCCAAACUCAACAAGGUCUAUUCCCACUCUACCAUGAACCUGUCCUCGAUGGCUAACGACACUGGCAACAGCGGGACACUGACCGUCAGGAAGUCUCCCAGCCGAUCUCACUCCCCCUCAAGGCUGAUGUCACCGGGACGAAUAGCCAAUCAGAACGGCGAGAAGGACUGGGAGAAUGGCUCCACAGCCUCGUCUCCCGCCUCCAUCCCAGAGUACACCGGGCCCAAGCUGUACAAGGAGCCCAGCUUCAAGUCCAACAAGUUCAUCAUCCACAACGCCAUCUCCCGCUGCUGCCUUGCUGGCAAGGUCAACGAACCGCAGAAAAACAAGAUCGUAGAGGAGAUGGAGAAAUGCCAGGCAAACCACUUCCUCAUCCUCUUCCGUGACUCCAGCUGUCAGUUCCGGGCCGUCUACACCAUGAACCCAGAGACCGAGGAGAUGGUGCGCCUAACGGGCAUCGGGCCUCGCGUCAUCAGCCCCGCCAUGGUGGAGUCCAUCUACAAGUAUAGUUCGGACCGCAAACAGUUCACCACCAUCCCGUCCAAGACCAUGUCCAUGAGCGUCGAUGCCUUCACCAUCCCCGGGCACCUGUGGCAGAGCAAGCGCCCGGGCACCCCCAAGAAGCUGGGCACCCCCAAAUAGUAACGAGAACAUCUCACUGAUUGAGGAGGUGAUAGGCGGGGGGAGGAAGGAGGUGGACAUAUAUAAAUCAGGGGCCCCUCUUCCCCCCCAGUCAACCCCCCCACCCCCUCCUCCCCCUCCUUUCUCUUAUAUUGGUUUGGUCCAGUGUUGGCUAUUGAUUUGGGGACUGCUUUGGUUCAGUAGGCUGGUCAGGUAGACUGCCGGAAGGAUCUGAAAGGAAUACAUUACACUGGUGUCAGACAUGUAUAAACCGCCUGCCCCUUUAAGCCUGUCCAACCGGAUGGUCUCUGCCCCUUUAAGACCAACCUAGGUCGUAUUCACUAGGAGGCAAACGGACCAAAACAGGGAGGGACUACCUGAAUGUGUCCAAUAAGAAACGCUUGUUUUUCGUUGCAAUAUGUUUUGCUACGGUGUGCACCAAUGAAUAUGACCUUCAACAGCUCUGUGUAUGGGGGACAUUUGUACAUGUCAUGUGUCAAGGGGGCCACCUACAGAUAAUCACUACUACUAAAGCCAUUCAUAGGGCCCUGUCUGUCACACACUACACCUCCGUAGGGGCCUCUGAUUGCCCCCCACGGCCUGAUAUACCUAGAUUGUAAAAUAAUAAUGUUGUGAUAGGACAAGAAUGAACAGGGCUUCUUCCCACCGUACUAGGCCUCUUAACCCCAGGGCCUGGCUCACCCAGCCUCCUACUGCUUUCCCACUGCCUACCCUUGACUAACCCCGUCCACAAGUCAUCCAUUGUGACCUUAAGCACUUGGUGGUGAGCGCGAGAGGGAACAUCUCGCACACACUGCCGCAGCUCUCUGAACAGAACAUGGGGGUCAGACCCGCAAUCUCCCUCUCUUUCUCUCUUUUCUCUUUCUUUAAUCUGACCUUCUUUCUUCUUUAAUUCCAGGACUCUUUCUCCUCCCGUCUGCUGCCUCUCCCUGCAGACGGGACAGAAGAACCCACCCUGAAAGAAAUCCGACUUAGCAAACUGCUCUCUCAUGAAUGUAGGGCGCACCCGAACCACUCGGCUCCUCCGGGUGUGUUUUCGUUGGCCAGUAGAGGACUGGGAGGUACUGUAUUGGGCGGGUCCACCGAGGGCUCUAGCACUCUUGGCUGGCUGCCGUGCCUGUCAGUCAGAGCGGUAUGAAGGACUCCGCCCAGCUCCAACGCUACUUCAGCUGUAGACAUCUGGAUGUUUUUUUUUUUUACACCACUACUUUUGACAUGUUGUGCUGAGUGAAUCGCUUCGGCCUUCGUGAGCAGAAAUGAGAACUAAACCCCCCCUUGCUUUAUUUCCUAUUUCAGUACGAGAGGUGGAAUGAAAAUAGCGUUAUACCGUUGUACAUUAUUAUCUUGAUGAAUGAAACUGGAAAAAAUGAAGGAGGACUUUAUACUCUGUUUAGCAUUACCCAGGAUUCACAUUGUGUGGAGAGAGAAAAAGAAAUGAAAAGAUGAAUGACAAUUUAAUAUAUAUGAAUGCUGUUUAUUGCUAAUUACUUUCAGUUUUGACAAUGAUUUGUACAAACUAGUUGAACUAUGAAUAAGCUAGCCUGCUGCUUUACCAUUAGGUGUGCGUGUGUCUGAGAGAAGAGCCAGUGAGCGAAUGAGUAGAAAGACUGUCUGACUACAGAGACUUAGUGAACUCUCCACAAUCUGAGAAAUAAACCCAGGACAAAAAUGAACAAGCUGUGUCAUUUGAGAUCACACACACACACGUUACCUGUGAAUGAAAGAUAAUCAGGACUGUAUCAGCCCUAAUUCGGUCCCACUGCAGGGUAUGGUGUGGUACUACAGUAUUUGGGGUUUUGGGUAAACCUCGACCCCAUAGGGUACCAUUUGGAACACAAACCAUGUUUCUGGUCUAACCUGUAGGCCCUAGUGGGUUCUGAUCUCCUCUUGUCUUCAUUUAGCACUCUGGCUGGCAGGCCUACAUCAGCUGAUGAUCAGCUGUCAUCUAUAUUAUCUCUCUUGUCUUGUUUCACAUCACAAACUGCCUCCCAACAACAUCACGUUCCUGUCGUUUUGACUGAGAUUUCCAAUGGAGAUCUGAUUAGAUUUUUUUGGGUCUCUCUAAAAAAGCUCGACAUUGGGUUUGUAUGUUCAGUGUGUAUGGCAAGGAGUAUGAGAUGAAUGGACUGGUGUAUAUCUGUUUGUAAAGGAGAGUACGUAUGCGAUAGUUGAACUAUAACUGGAUUCUGUGCAAUUCUCCUGUAGACAGUAAGUCAGUCAUGUAACCCCAUGGUGUGUUUAUUGGGUAAUGAUUAUAAGGAUUUUUUUAAUGAUUAUGAUUUUAUUUUUUCCCCGUUUAAAGUGGUGAUUGAUGUUCAUUUCAUAGAAGACAUGUCCUGUAUGUUGUCUUUUUUAUUUAGCUCUGUUGCCACCGUGUCGAUGUGGGCAGAGUGCUUGUGUUCCUCUCGCAAAAUUGUUCAUGAUUGCAGAUCUAUCCCAGGUAACUGGACCAGGCUAAUAAAAUCAUUUAAAAAUAUCA